UGCGCCGGCGCGUAGUCGGGGACGCCGGGCUGAGCUUUUGCUAGGGAACCAACUGUUGCCGCCCCGCCCCCUCGAGGGUGUUUGUGGUGUUAACUGUCGCAGUGGCAGGGGCUACAGCGCCGGGCGACAUGCCGGUGCGCUUCAAUGGACUGAGUGAAUACCAGAGAAACUUUCUGUGGGAAAAAUCGUAUUUGUCAGCAUCCUGUAAUUCUGCAGUGGGGCGAAGAUACCCGUGGGCUGGACUUAGAUCAGAUCAGUUAGGAAUCACAAAAGAACCAAGUUUUAUUUCAAAAAGAAGAGUUCCUUAUUAUGACCCACAGAUUUCAAAAUCUCUUGUGUGGAAUGGAGCUAUUUCAGAGGACCACGUGGUGGUUUCACCAAAACCCGAAGCCCCAGAAACACCAAAAUCACAAGAGGCAGAACCAGAAGAAGAUGUUAAGCACGAAAGAGUUCUUUCAUUAGAAGCCUCCCGGGUUCCCAAGAGAACCAGAUCUCACUCUGCAGACUCCAGAGCUGACAGGGCUUCAGAUGUUGUGGAAAAUAAUGAGGAUGUAAUAAAAAACCACACACCAGUUAAUGAAAAUGUGGAACUUGAACAUCCUGCCAAACCUCUUUCAGAAAAUGUAGAUAAUGGGUUGGAUAGAGUUCUCCGUAAGAAAGCUGGAUUGACCGUUGGUCCUUCACAUAAUGCCUUGAGAAAUUCUGAAUAUCAAAGGCAGUUUGUUUGGAAGACUCCUAAAGAAACUGCUCCAGUUUUUACAGCCAAUCAGGUUUUCUACAAUAAAAGCAAGUUUGACCCACAGUUCAAAGGGAACUCAGUUAUCCAUGAAACUGAAUACAAAAGAAAUUUCAAGAGUUUAUCUCCAGUGAAAGAACCAAAAUUAAGAAAUGAUUUGAAAGAAAACGGAAAUCUUGAAGAAGAGUCUCCUGAAAGAAAGUGUAAUAAAACAGAUGAUCCUUUAAAAUUAGAAGCAGAGAUGGAAUCAAAAGACUCAAAGCAGCCUAAAAAGAAGCUUACCCCUUGGAGACAUCAAAGACUUGGGAAGGUGAAUUCUGAAUAUAGAGCAAAAUUUCUGAGCCCAGCUCAGUAUUUAUAUAAAGCUGGGGCCUGGACACGAGUGAAGGAAAGCAUGCCGAACCAGGGUUCUCUAAAUGCCAUGUGGUAUGCGGAGGUUAAAGAACUCCGAGAGAAGGCUGAGUUUUAUAGGAAACGAGUUCAGGGAACACAUUUUUCUCGAGACCAUUUGAAUCAGAUUAUGUCUGAUAACAACUAUUGUUGGGAUGUUUCCUCGACCACGAGCUCAGAAGGAACCAUUAGCAGCAACAUCAGAGCACUAGAUCUUGCUGGAGAUCCCAGAAGCCAUAAGACUUUGCAGAAAUGUCCUUCUGCAAAACCAGAAGAAAAAGGACAUACCUUAGAAGAACAGCCACAGAAAAAUACCACGAAAAAAUUAGGCAUGUCAGAGUCUCCCACUGUACCUGUUAGAAGGCGACUGGCUUGGGAUGCAGAGAACACCAGUGAAGACAUACAGAAAGAGCCCAGAGGGGAGGAGGAAGAAAAGGAGAGGGACAAACAGGUUUAUGUAGAAGAGUUAGAGAAGUUGGAUGUACAUGAGAAAUCUAAGCCAGACAAGAUAAAAGAAGGGUCGGAUUCUUCUUCCGUAUCCUCAGGAAAAGGAGGCAGACUUCCUACUCCAAAGUUGAGAGAACUGGGUGGAAUCCAAAGGACUCAUCAUGACCUUACUACUCCAGCUGUUGGUGGUGCUGUUUUAGUUUCUCCAUCUAAAGUGAAGUCUCCAGCUUCAGAACAGAGGAAAAGAUUGACUCCUCAGGAUGGCCUAGAAACUCCCAAAACUGUCUUAACUAAGAAAGAGAGUCGUGCUCUAUCCCUGUUAACUUCCCCUGCUGCUGGUAUUAAAACAGUCGAUCCCCUACCUUUACGGGAAGAUUCUGAAACCAGUAUCCCCAAAUUUGCUGAGGCAGCUCUUCCAGUUUCAAACAUCCCAGAAUACCCAACAAACACCCCUGGACAGUCGCAUUCUCCGCCCUACGCUUCAUCUUACUGGCACCCCUCCCGUCGAAUUCAGGGUUCUCUGAGAGAUCCAGAAUUUCAGCAUAAUGUGGGAAAAACAAGGAUGAACAAUUUCCAAUUACCUCAGCAUGAAGCCUUUAACGAUGAAGAUGAAGACAGAUUGUCUGAGAUUUCUGCUCGCUCUGCAGCUUCUAGUCUCCGAGCUUUUCAAACUCUGGCACGAGCUCAGAAAAGGAAGGAGAAUUUCUGGGGCAAAACAUAAAUCUAGUUGAGUUGCUUUUAUCUGGGGACUCAUUGGCAUAAUUUCCCCUCAUUGUUUACUUUGUUAAGGCUUUCUGACUGUUCACAUUUUUUUCUGAUGUUUAUUACUUUGAAAAAUUGCUUUUUUCAGUAGUCAGUCCAGUUUACUUGGAAAUUUUUUAACAUAUGUUUAUUCAAAUUUAAGUUUUGAAGAAUUAGUUUUACAUCUAUCCCAAAGUACAAAAAUGUAGAUUAUAUAGUUCUUCACAUGUUCUAACUUUCAUAUUGGUGUCAGGGAAGCUGGUAGAAUUAUGAAUUUUACUCACCUAGAGACUAUUACACGAAGUUCAAGUGAAGAAUUAAAGAGCCAGAUGUGGAGUAUGUAUUCCCCUCAGAUUGGCUACAUGUAUCUUUCUAAUUGUAAAUGUCAUACAAUGAAUUUAUUAUUCCUUUAACUUUUGCCGAAGUGUUUCUUUUUAUUUUAGUACCUUCUGUAUGUGGUUGCAGUGUUAAGAUAAAUGUAAUUUGGAAAUUACCAGCUGUAUAUAUUUUUCUUAUUUAUGUAACGAAAUUUGCUGAGGGAGGAUAUGUAUAUUUUUUGACCUUUGUGUGUAUUCUAUUUGUAUAAUGACCUUGGCUUACAUUUGAAUAAUGUCUGGAUUUUGAAAAAUUAUUUGUAUAAUGGCAAAUUAAAAAUUUGUAGACAUUUU